AUGUAUAUGAAAGAAGCGGAAGAAUCAUUUAGAUAUGUAUUUUUUGACAGCGAUAUCAACAUUAAAGAAAGAUUUGAAAAGUAUAACUGCGAGACACUGUUGACCGCAGAUCUUAAGUCAGAGUUUGAAUGGAUUAAACAAAUUAUAGCUAAAGUUAACAGUCCUAUUGUUUUCACUCAUAACGACUUCCGGUCGAGUAAUUUGUUGAUUACUGAAUCGGUAGAUAAAACCGAUGGACCAAUAGUUGUCUGCGAUUUUGAGCUUUCGUCUUAUGGUUUCAGAGGAUUAGAUUUUCAGUCUAUUAUUCUCGAAUGGGGUCGCAAACAGUUUGACUUUAACGCUGAUGGUCUGCCUCACGACGACUCAGUGUUGCGACCAUUGAUUGAGAUUUAUAUUGACGAAUGUCAGCAAAUUCAUGGCAAAGAAUUUUCUGCAAAUGCUAUCAAUUCUGUCGAUUAUAUUAUCUAUGAAAUCAAAGUCUUUACUUUAAUUCGUAUGUUUUUUGUAGCAAUUAUUUCAUUAAAAACAGAUUUGCAAAACAAUGCUAUUAUGAAAAACAUGCCAAUGAUAACAACUAAUGUUAAUAAAGAUUAUAGUUUGGGUGCAAAACACGUCAAUUAG